GGGUAUUAUGGGUAUUUUAGUUAUACGAAAAAUUUAUCAACAGGCUUAUUCUUUUACACAUUGGAUGUUUCUUUAUGCAACAGUGAGUGAAAUGACAAAGCGUUCAUCCUGAUCGAAUGACAUUGUUUACAGAUUAAAAGGUGUGCCGACAGCUGACCACAAUGGCAAAAGUCGACAUUGGUUAAGGGAAAUUUCUAUAAGAAUUCCAACUGUCGUCCCUACAGGCCGCAAUUUCAAACAAGGCAGGAUAGUCACAAAAGAUAGACUUUUCCGAAGAAAGAUUUCUUAGCUUUUUAGGUAUGAAAAAAAAUUCAGUGUGUAAAACUGAUAUCAUGGAAUGAACAUAUUUGAUUACAUUGGUUCAUCAAUUGUGUAAAAAAACUAUGGCUACUCCAUUGUAUAGUUCAAAACUAUCGGGAUCAAAAUUCAAGAAUUGGAUUAAGGCUGGAUUAGGUGUUCUAUAUACUAAAGAAGGCAUUGAGCCUUUUGUUUAUGAUGAAAUAGUACAGUUCCAGCAGAAAUGUUUGAGCGACAUUUGCAACGAUAAAGGACUUCCUGCUGGUACCACAUGUUCUAGUUGUUGUACAGAAAAUGUUAUUGUUUGUCCUACGGAUAGAAUUUGUAAUGUGGGACGUGGGAAAUGCAAAUUCCAUAGAAAUUCUGCAACGCAAUAUCUCCCAUCUGGCUGCCCUAACAGGAUAUGUCACAAUUUCAAAAACGAAAUACAGAAUGCUCAUCGUUUCUGUGGUCCAUCAUAUAAAAACACUGAUGCUACCCAGUGGUGCAGCAAUACAUGGGAGGUUGCUAAAUGCUUCAUGCCACCAGACAGGUACAAGGAUGUGAUAAAUGCAUCAGAGACGAAUUUCAAUGGAAUCGUCAGUGUGAUUAUCAACUAUAAAGCCUUUCAGUCGAAAGUUCACGAUGACCUUAGUAGGAGAAUCAAUAUUUUUCACAAGGCUAGAGAAGUAGGUAAAGCUGUUACACAUUCCUCAUACUUAGAAAUGGAAGAUGAAGAUCUACAACAGUACUUUAGCAUUUUACAGAAUCUACUGUCAGAUCCUGGUUAUUUAGCUACUAAUUCAUCUUCGCAGAAUGCUAAAAAGAAAUUAACUCAGCUUCAAAAUGAUACCUUGGUCAUUGACAUAGAGGAUAUCCGGAAAGUGCUCGAUGAUGUUGCUAAGGCAGUUGAGAAUGAACUAAGAACUGAAAAAGAUGAACACACGAAGAAAGCUGAAAAACAAAAGUUAGAACUAAUCAAGAUCACAAACAAGUCUGUUAGUGCUUUUAAAAGGCAAGAAAAAUGGUCAAUGUUUGAGCUAGAUAAAGUAAUAUCUGCAGUUGUGGAAACAGAAGUACAUACAAAGGAACCGGUAAUAGAGGAUCACUCAAUACAGAAGAGUCACCAACAUGAAGCUGAGGCACCAAUUGUUUUUGUCCCGAUUGCGUCGCAGUUAAAACAAAGCAAAAUGAUAGAGUCUCGUAGGACAAGAGGACGGAAAAGGAAGGCGGAUCAUUUGUCUGAAGCUUCAUCAGUGCCAGUGGUGUCGGUGUCGGACAUGCCAGCAGUUACGGUGUCGGACGCUCCAGUGAGGUCCGAAGUUGUACCAGUGCCAGCAGUGACAGCGCAGGAUGUGGAUUCGGGGUCAUCUAGGUCAGCGUUGGGGACAGUGACUGCUGAAAAUGCGGUUUCGGGGUCAUCAAGGUCAGCAUUUAGGACAUUGUUUGCUGAAGCUGCAGUUUCGGGGUCACCAAGGUCAGUGUCUGCUGAAGAUGCGGUUUCGGGGUCAUCAAGGUCAGCGCUGGGGACAGUGCAUGCUGAAGAUCCGCAAUGGAAUCAAAUUUCCGAGACAGAUGUGAAUGCCGUUCCUUCAGUAAAGGAUCUAGAUAAAAUUGCACAGGCAAUAGGACUUAAUUGGGAGUUACUUGGACCUCACCUUGGAAUUCCUAAAGCGACGAUUGACCACAUAAAGAUGGACAAUAAAACUUCGCAAACACGAAUACAUCAAAUGUUAUACAGAUGGAAAAAUCAAAAUCCGAAUGGCACCAAACAAAACCUUUUUACAGCCUUUGGAAGUCAGCCGUCCACAAACAUUGACUGGAAAACACUUGGGCUAUCUUUCCCUGAUGCUCUAAAAUACAAGCCAAGAGAAGAAAAUAAACACCUCAGAUCGCAGGCAGAGCAAGACUAUGAAGAACGAAAAACUCACCUGAGGGAAGAUUUGAUUGGUCUCUACAGAGAAGAGUACCAUACUCUACCACUGUCACCUUUAUUGGAGGAAAAUGACACGCCUCUCCUCGAGUUCUACGUCAUACCAGACAUUGAGUCAGUGGAAAUUCAGAGGGCGCGUGGAGGUGGCAAAGAAGCUAGAUCAAAGGUUACCUCAUUGCAUGAUGUGUUCUACAAGAAAAAUGAACCAUGUCGUAAAAUUUACCUUACUGCGGAUGCUGGGUUUGGGAAAACAGCAUUAAGUAAACGACUUGUUUUAACGUGGUGUCAAGCCAAAAACUGUAUCCCAAACGAAGAUAAACAUUUUAAGAAGGAAGACAUUAGUACAAUGUCGAAUUUUGACUUUGUGUUUUUGUUGUCUUUACGUGAUUGUUCCGAAGAAUGGGACAUUGAUGAAAUGAUUAAAAAACAAAUAACUAAUGAUCUAGCACACACUAUUUCAACUAGUGAUUUUGAAAACAUUCUUUCUAACGAAAGGUGCCUGAUAAUAUUGGAUGGUUUGGACGAAUUCACACACGCAAAAAGUGACAUUCCACGCAGGAAAGCUAGGAGGACAUGUACAAUUCUCACAACAACUAGACCGUGGAAAUUGGGCGUUAGUAAGAUACGUGCAAGUGAAAUAGAACGAAAGUUAGAACUUGUCGGACUUAGUAAAUCGUCUGCUAGAAGAUUAAAAAGGAGUGUGAUAUCAUUACUGUGGGGUGAAACUGACAUAGAAAAACAUAUUCAAGAGUUUGAUCGCGCUGUCAGUGAAAGAGGUAUUUCGGAUUUGGAAACUAUUCCGCUCUUACUGGUGUAUCUUUUGUGUUUAUGGUGUGAUGAAACAGAUCUAGGAAAAUCUAGAACUGAGUUAUAUUGUCAAAUAGCUAAUCUUCUUCUGAAACGAACGUUUGAAAAAUAUCCCGACAUGAAACAGUCUUGCGUACAACCAGAGAGUGAUAUCCCACAGUGUAUCAGUAGAAAUGAACAUUGUAGGAAACACUACAAUCUUCUGAAUGCUUUAGGAAGAUUAGCAUUUGAAACAUUAUUCGAUGAAACGAAGGAUCAAAAUCUUGUAUUUGACAUGGCAGUGGCAGAAAAAUGUCUGAGUGAUAAAGAUUUGCUUCAGUUAAGUCGCCAUUCAGGGAUAAUUACACAUGAUAAAGACCAGACGAAAAUAAAUAAGCAAAUGCAAAAAAACAUCCUUUUCACACGCAACAGUGCAAGAAUUUUUUGCAGCAUUAUAUAUCAGUGUUAGCUGGGAUCAAGAAGAAGUACAAACUAAAGUUCUAUCGUUCUGUCAUUGUGUUGCACGAAUUCUAGCUAUGUCGAAAGUGUUCGUUUUCAUCAGCGGAAUAAACGCAACAGUAUUUUCCUCAAUGUCAAAGGAUUUAAUGAAAGUCAUUAGCGAGGAUAAGAUAACGAGCGAAUACAGAUCCACGACUAACGAAUACUGUAAACCUCUGAAAGACAUACAAGACAUGUACAUUUCUUGUAUGAAAGAAAACACGAGCGAUAAGGAACUCAAACUUUUCUGCCAAGAUUUUUUCUUUAGUGAAAAUUGUAAAGAAGAAAAAUACUUUUCAUAUUUAGCACAGCUCGCGGGGCACAAUAAAAGCAACAUGGCGUCAAUAAAUAUCUACACAGAAUACCGUCGUCGUAGUUUACGUGAAAUUAUUGAUUGUUGUGAAUUGCACGAACUGUUCCAGAUCAAUAAAAUAUUCUACUGCGGUAAAGGAGAAAACGCACAGCUUCGUGUACUGUUGGACAAGUCGCCGAAAUGUGUCACUGUUAUGUCGUCUGGUCUACGUGGUUCUUGGAGCCGUGAAAUGUUGGAAACAUUACAGAAUAAUUCUCUGUUACAAGCAAUUUAUAUCUGGGAUUCCGAGAUGAGCCACGAUGUACUGAAUGACUUUCUGAAUUAUAUUAUAAACAGAAAAACAAUGACGGAGAUUAGAUUGUCGUGCUUAGUCUGUACCCAGUACGAGCGUUCGUGUACUUUCAGUUUAGAUUUUAGUCAGCAUUCAGAUCUAAGGAAGUUAGAAUUGGGCGGGAUACCUGAAGUGUCACAAUUGAAAGUUAAUAGUCAAGUGAAACACGUGAGGUUGGAGGAUAUCAAUCUAGGUGAAAUGUCGCUGCCUCCUGAAAUGGCGAAUAUUGAAAGUGUUCUUUUGAGGGAUGUAAACAUGUCUGCUUCAACAUUGCGUGAUCUCGUUAAGGUAGUGGAGAAACUUUCACACAAAGUCACAGUAACAAUAGACGUGGAGUGUAAGAUAGAACCGAGAACAGAGUUUGAACACGUUAAACAAUAUAUACACUCAUCUCAGAAUCUCCGAGUUACGGAGGAUGAUAGCUGGAAGUUUGUGUUUGAAACAAAAGUUGAAAGUUAAGUUACUAAAUAAACUCAGACAUAUAGUGUCAAUGUAUAUAAACAUUAUUCAUAAAACACAUAUCACACAUUUACACACAGACAUAUAACAUUUUUGUGACAUGCAUAUGUGUAAAUAAUUAAAAAAAUAGUGUCAAUCGCGUGUGGAAAAUUAAUUGUUGGAGCCAAUUCGUAGGAAAGGAUGGACGUUGUUAUACAUGGAUUAAUAUACAAGUCAGUUUCCUUGAUACUUCAGAUAAAAGAUCGACGCCAACUGACAACACCUCAAAACUAUAGACGUAUUUCCGGCGGCCAUGCUACGUAUAUAUCGCAAUAAAAUACGUGGAUUUACAAUUGGCCGCAAAUACUUCUGGACCAAAGAUCUAUACUUCCGGCGGCUAGGCUACACACACCAUGAUAUA